AUGUAUGCAAAAGAACACCUGUCAUUUGACCCCCGCCGAGCAGAGCAAUGGGUUGACGAGGUGCUGAAGAUACGGCCUCCAGCUUUUACCAGAGAUUCUUCUGUAGUGGCUAAUCUCCUCUGGAAGGACGACCAAGAGUUCCAGGAGGUACUCUGCUACUGGUCCUCUCGAUUCAGAGCCAUUUUGACAUCGAAGCUCGAAAACCCCAUUGACCCCAAGUUCGAGAAUUGUUGGUUGGAGUACAUGUCGGCCGAACUGGGUUUCAUUAUAGCGACUCUCGGCAUGGCAUGCGCCUAUGGGCAUAAAUUUAUCGUCCCUCCCUUUUUAAAGUCCUGUCUCCAGGGUAACCCACUGCACCCUCAGGAAGCCUUCAUGGAUGACUGUAUCCGGCCUGCAUACGAGUUUGCGUGGUGGAAUACUCGCAUCACCUUUCCACCAGGGGGCAUCGACCAACUUCUGAAAAGGUCAUACAAUUGGUUCAGAUGGAUGGCAAAGGGUGGUUUGCCAAUCAAGUACCCGGACACUGAGACCUCCACGCUGACACCGGCCGAAGUUCAGCACAUCAAGACCCAGUUGGAGAAUGCUCGGGAUCGUCUCCUUGAACGUAUCAAGCGUGCUGAGGCCGAGGAAGAGUGGGUCACCAAUGAGAUUUCGGUUUGGGAGGAAAUUGUACAGCAGUCUGCUCUUAUUGACCUAAUGAGGUAUCACAAGAACCGGUUUUCAGCACAUAGAAACCCAGGUGGAGAAAGCCCGGGAUCGGUCUGCCAUGGUCAACCACUGAGGCCUCUUCACCCCAAGCCUUUCCCCAACCUUUUUGUGCCAAAAAUGCUUGGGCCUCCAGCUCCAACCAUGGUGGUGGAGCAGGACGAGGAACGCUUGGGCUAUGUAAAGACCGCAACCGGCCUCUGA